AGCAAAGCCUUUGGUAUAUGACAGAACCGACCGAGUGCGAUUUAAUUUUAAAAGUCUGGUUCUCCUUUCUUGAUGCGGGGCACAACAAAAUGGUUCUCCAGUAAGAAGAAGAAGAAAAAUCUCUUCUAAGAAACCGUGUGUCUUGCAACUGAAGUCACCAGAAAUCCAGCUGCUUCGGGAUUUAAUGGGCUCUUCCAAAGAUGUUAAGGGACUUGUGAGAAAUCUGCAGCACGUCGAGAAAAUCCGGUGAAAGACAAUGCUAAACUGUAUUAGCGCUGUGCAAGGGUGGACCUAAAAGUUAUGAAGUGGUACCUAUCGUAACAACAAGCAAAUAUUGUUCUCGUUUAUUUAAUCAAGACCCGAACUAAUCAGAUCUUCAAGCAAUGGCAACAGAAGUGGUGUGUGGAUUGAUCUUCAGAUUGCUACUUCCAAUAUGUCUCGUAGCUGCAUGUGUGUUCCGUUACAAUGGGCUCUCUUUUGUCUACCUCGUCUACCUCUUGCUCAUUCCUCUAUUUUCAGAACCCACAAAAACAACGAUGCAAGGACAUACAGGACGGUUAUUAAAAUCCUUGUGUUUCAUCAGUCUAUCAUUCCUGCUGCUGCACAUCAUCUUCCAAAUCACAAUAAACAGCCUUGAAGCUGGAAACAGUAUUGAACCUGGUUUUAACUGUUCUACAUGGGAGAAAACAUUACGACAGAUCGGUUUUGAAAG